CGGUGUUUGUAUCAACAAAGAGUUAAAAGAGUUUCCAUAGCUAAGCAAAACAAAACAGAGCAAAUCGUCAAGAGUAUAAGUGAAACAAUGUCUCUAAUUCCGAGCAUUUUUGGAGGCCGCAGAACAAACGUGUUCGACCCUUUCUCGCUAGACGUAUGGGAUCCGUUCGAAGGAUUCAUGACGCCGUCAGGGUUGACAAACGCACCGGCCAAGGACGUUGCCGCUUUCACAAACGCUAAAGUGGACUGGAGGGAGACACCUGAGGCGCACGUGUUCAAGGCGGACUUGCCGGGGCUUAAGAAGGAAGAGGUGAAGGUAGAGGUUGAAGAUGGGAACAUACUUCAGAUCAGCGGUGAGAGGAGCAGUGAGGAUGAAGAGAAGAGUGACAAGUGGCACCGUGUGGAGAGGUCGAGUGGGAAGUUUAUGAGGAGGUUUAGGCUGCCAGAGAAUGCAAAGGUGGAGGAAGUGAAGGCAUGUAUGGAGAAUGGUGUGUUGUCCGUUACGGUGCCAAAAGUUCCUGAGAGGAAGCCUGAGGUCAAGUCUAUUGAUAUCUCUGGUUAAGGGUUACUUGGGAGGUUGAAAGACAAUAAUAAUGUGUGAUUGUGUAAAAUAAACGGUGUGAGUCCUUAAUCCUUCUUUUUCUUGUAAUCAUCAAUCUCGUUGUAUCAUGAUAAUAUAAGUAAAUCUUAAUAAAAAGAGUGUUUUGAAAUAUAAAAGCCUUCAUUUAUAGA